GAUAAUGGAAACAGGGCGAGUCUGUAUAGCAUAGGCCAGAUUUUCCCUUCCUAUUUGUGACGUGUGCAGCUACUGAUCAGUUAAAGCCCCUUUGAGCCUGAUAGCUACUCAAACGUGAUCUGAGUGCCAAUCAGAUAGUUUGCAAGCCGGUUUUGAAGGAAGCCACCAAGAUGUCUGUGACAAUGUGCCAGUCCUUGGGUUUUGUUGUCUCAUUGAUAGGGACAGCAGGAAUUAUUGCAGCAACUGGCAUGGACCAGUGGAGCACCCAAGACCUGUACAACAAUCCUGUGACUGCUGUUUUUAAUUACCAGGGGCUAUGGCGGACCUGCGUCAGGGAAAGCUCUGGUUUUACAGAAUGUCGUUCCUAUUUCACCAUCCUUGGAUUACCAGCAAUGUUCCAGGCUGUGAGAGCUCUGAUGAUUGUGGGUAUUGUGCUGGCUGCUUUUGGCCUCCUAGUGGCUCUUUUUUCCUUGAAGUGUUUACGAAUUGGCAACAUGGAGGACUCUGCAAAGGCAAACAUGACUUUGACUGCUGGCAUCAUGUGCAUUGUGGCUGGUCUCUGUGCAAUCUGUGGGGUGUCUGUCUUUGCCAACAUGCUGGUCACAAACUUCUGGAUGUCAACUGCUAAUAUGUAUCAAACAGGAAUGAUGCAGACACUACAAACAAGAUACACAUUUGGCUCUGCUCUGUUUGUGGGGUGGGUGGCUGGAGGCUUGGCCUUGAUUGGAGGCAUUAUGAUGUGCAUUGCCUGCAGAGGCCUGGCACCAGAAGAGACACAUUACAAGGCUGUCUCAUACAAGUCGGCUGGAUAUAAAUCUGGAGUUGGAUAUGAAACCAAGAAGACCCCAGUAAUUGAAACAAAUACAAUCAAAAGUGAUGAUGGGAGACGUUCCUACCCUUCAAAAUAUGACUAUGUAUAGAAAUAAACCCUUUAGGCAUAUGAUCCUCGAUUCUCAAUGCAACCCUCUAAUUUUAGACCAAAGUAGAGUCCUUUCUCAAGUCUGUUCCCUUAUUUUGUUUGGUUUAUUGUACUGAUGCUAGGAAUCUCUUCCACAUAUAUUUGACAGAAAUAUUCUCUUAAUAGGACUUAGUGGGACCAAACAUUAUAAUUAACUUUCUAAGAAUUGUGUUUGUGUCAACUGCAUUUAUCUUAAAGGCAAUACAUUUUUUUUUUAAAAAAAAGAAAAUGAAACAUAGUUGAAAUAUUAUUUUAUCACUUUAUUUGUUUCCUUUAAUACAUUAAAUUUGAUAUUUACAAGCAGAAGCUUAGUGCAAUUGAUAGUGUUGACUUCACCUAAAAUUCUGAGAAUUCAUACAGUAUUUAGCUAUCCUCAUCCAGCCCAUAGUCAGUGACUUGGAGUACACUCUGUAGAGUGUUGUGUACUUUUCAGUAGACAUGUGUAGGACUGCAUCAUCAUAUAUUGAAUCCAUGUUUAAAAUGUUUAAAUUUAAUUUAAAGCUGAGGUAUGGUGGAUUUCUGAACUAGCUAUCAUUUAACAUAAUGAAUUCCAAAAGAAACCAAUUUACACCAUUUGUUUUCAUACAAAUUUCAUUGAAUGCAUCCUCUUGCCAAAGCAAACAAAAAGCCAUCUGAGCUGUCAUGGAAAAUACUCGUAUAUAAUAGAAAGUAGUAAAAUAUGUUUGCUUAAAGAAGAGAUGAGGAACAUGCGGCCCUCAGAAUUUGUUGGAGGUUCUAUAGCACAUGUUCUUCCCAUUGAAAUCCAGCUAUCCUACAGUAACUAGGUCAAUGUAAUGAUUCAUAUGAGUAGACAAAUCUAUAACCUGAGUCUUUUGGCUGACCCAAAAUGGGAGACCUCCUUUUUGUGAGGUCUAAAAUUUUAUGAAAAAGGACAUCUUAAAAGUUCAGACUAAAGCUCAGAGCAUAUUUCUUGACAUGAAACAUCUGCCAUUAUGUUGGAAUAUGCUGGCCUAGCAUCAGUGUUGAAGCAAGAUUCAGUGGCUGCUCCAGAUGGGUUCUUUAUGCAGAAACACGUGGGGAAUCUCACCUUUGUGUCAGGCAGCAAAAUAAUGGGUUAUGUUUCCACAAAUUCAGUCAUAUGUGAACCAUGUCACCUGUUAUCUCUUAUGAUGUAGCGUGCUGGUAAAUCAUCGUACUAAAGCUCUGUGGCAUUAAUAUAAAUGAUUGGCAUACCAGUCCUAAAAUAUUUGCAAUGAGAUCAGGGGAAUAUUAUUCUAUCAGCCUGUAUAGGCAUAGAGCUUUAGCUUAUCCAUGAGUUAAACCAAAAGAUGCUUCUGAUCGCAUGAUUAUGCUGCAUAUCUUGGGAUUUUCUUCUUAUUUUGAUUCCAUCCUUAAUGACACUACACAAUAUUCUUACUGAAUAUCAGUUAAGCAUUAAUAUACCCAGGGCUAGAAUUUCAAGGCUCAGGAGAGUUAAACUAUCUUAAUAAAUACUAAGGUACUAUUGUGAUAUUUCCUUCCAUAUAGAUCUGACCAUCACAUUGUUACAAUGAUGUUGCUGUUUCACUUUCCACCUUAUGUUUCAAAACUAAAAGAAGCAAAGCUCCUACUUCACCUGUCAAGUACUGUUAUGGUCUUCCUGGCUCCCUCUAUUCUUUUCUCCCUCAAUUUUGACUUAUUAAUAUGUGGAACUCUGCAUUCGAUUUAAGACUGUAAGUUCUAGAAACAGUAAAUGAUGUGCUAUUGUUGUAGGAAUAAAUAACCCGAAUAUAUCAUGUUAGGGAGUUCUUCUUGCUAAGCUUGCUCUCAUAUGGUGGCCUCAGGAUGAGUUGGACUACAGCUAUCAGGAUCUCCAGCCAACAUGACCAUUAAACAACAAUUCUGUGCAUGAAGGAAGCUAUAGUCCACAAUAUCUGAGGCUAAUGGAAGGCUUCUCUGAUCAUACAGCUUUUGAAAAACUGAUAAGGGAAGGAUCUGAUAAUAUCGUGCUGCCAUUUAUUAAUCCCAGGGUUAUAUUCAUAGAAAAGGCCCCAUGAUAAAUGUUUGUAUUUGUAUUCUACAUAAACAAUAAAUAUUUUAUAAAAAGAAGCGUA